AAGCAACCUAACAUGGAAGGCAAUCAUUUUGCAAAAGAGGGCAGGUUUACAUGGUAACCCGAUCCAAGGUGGGGGGAGUGAUUGAACGCACAGCUUGGGUUAGUCUUGUAGGUAUCGAAGAGGUUAACGAGGUCAGUGCAAAAGAUUGAACCCAUCGCAACUUGACCAGCGGUAAAACCCCAACCGGCGUCGACUAAUAUAAGUCGGAUCCCCAUCCUCCACGCUCCCGUCAUGAGACCAAAGGGGACGGCCCCUCGGCCACUGCAUGGCCUCGCGUCACUUGUUCUCAGGGUCGGGGAUAUACCCAUGCGGCCGAGCUUUAGCCGACGUCAGCUUGAAUGGCGACCUUGUCUGCCUUUUCCAGUACAUGCACAAGCACGAAGUCCUUCAUCGGCGGACGCUGCUGGAGGGCGCCGGCACCGACCACGGGGUCCCUAGACCACAUUCCAUGGUCACGUCACUUCUUGCCACAAGGGGUCAUCGUUUUCAAGGGAAUGGGGCUGAGUGUAUAUUAAGUCUUGGAUCUGAUGUGCCUCACUGGUUGAAUGAGGCUUCCCUGUCGUCUCUUGUUUGGCCCAAAUCUAAGCGACAAUGUUGCACAUGAAAUGAAGGGAUCCUUGCCGCUCCCCCCUUCUAGCUCGAGAUGUUCCUUGUCGUGUGCCUGAAAAAGGCUGACGACAAGUCCUAUCAGUUGACAUUGUUUUUUCAGGCUAACUCCGGAAGUGGACGACGAGCCACUCGUCUCGGCACCAAGCUGCGAUUCCGUGUGUCUAGGGCCCAACAAUGAACACAGUCUCAUAGCAAUGAGCGUGGUUAGUAGCGUAUCCGGGAUGCAGUCCGAUAUCAGGAGACUGUCCGAAACCAUUCGUCGCCAUGAUGCAGUGGUGUCAGAGAUAAGAGACGCUAUCAACCUUCUAACCCAACAAAAGUCUUCAAUCUGCCAAAGGGAAAGUGACCUCAAUCGGCCCAAAGGGAAUGAGACAACCACAAAACCUAUGAGCAAGAGUUGUCAUGGAAAAAAAACACGGCUGCCUGAUCCGGCAUCAACUCCCGUAAUCGACACCACCUUCAUUGUUGAUCACAUCCCUUUUUCACCAAAAGAAACAAGAAGCCCACCCAAAAACUAUUCCCAACUCGGAAAGCGCUGCGAUCUAUGCAUAUCCCCGAAGUGGUGGAUCUAAGCUCGGAUGACGACCCGGAGAAGACAGCGCGGCACACUAAAUCCAAUAGGGGGUUGGAGACAUCGGGACUAGCUGGACGGCGAGGGCACGACGCACCUGCCCCAGAAAAAGAAGGAGUCGUGAACUUAGGCCGGCUACUAAGCAUGAUAGUCGAAUGCAUUCCUAAGUCCAUGAACUUGGUCUUCCCGCCAAACAACGAAAUGAAUUUGUCAGGUGUGGAGUUGGCCGUUGCAACUUAUAUCUUCGACAAAGAUCUUCAAGAGAGUGACUGCAUAGCUAGCAGGGGAGCGCUCAUGACUCUUGCCCCUAAGUGCGAAGUUGUUGACGACGUCCUAAAUGCUGUGGUUCGCAUGCUAGCAAGUGCAUCGAAUCAUCAUUGUUGGUUCCUGCCUACGACCAUCAUGCAAGUAGCAGUGGGUGGUCGGAAGCUUACAUCUGCAAACAUGACAUCCAUACGUAACAAAUACAUGUUGUGUAAGGUGGACCAGACAAUUCGGAUACGCACAUGGUUUCCAUUGUUGCAUAUGCAUCAACUACAUGUACAAACUUGUGCAUUACAUAAUUUAUUUGGUUUGGCUAUUUGCACAGGUGUAUCAGCCAAUGUGGUGCGACCAGCAUUGGUUCCUGAUGAUCAUCGACGUGCCGCGUAUAAAGUUGAUAUACUUAGAUUCACUUUGAGAUCCACAUGAAGCGGAUGCAAGGAAAACGGUGAUGCUGCGAGUGCCACUUUACCUGGAGGGAUUGACGUUGGGAAGGUCCUGGCUAUCGGGACUAGGCGCGCUACGUCCUAAGUUUUUCGCUUUCGAGUUUGAGGAGCCCGAAGUGCCUCAACAAGAAUCUGCCUCGUUGUGAACUUGGAACUUACAACACGAAACCGCAUAACCACAAAAAUUUGUGCCAAAACAGUAUGGACUGUGGUGUGUGGGUCGCCCAGUGGAUGAUUCGAGGGCACCUAUGGCAAGAAUACGGGGUACAUGUACAAUGACUCAUGUUUUUCUACGCCACACGUUUACAAUAUGAGGCACGUAUGUAGAACAGGACCGUUUACAUGUUGCUAACAUUGAAUUUUACAUUGUGUUUUUUCAAAAUGUCAACACGGCUACCUGGAUGCGCUUAGCAGUGGACUUGGUUAUGAAGUCACCCAACCACUUGGCACAGCAAGUUGUCUCCAAAGCAUUUGCACACUAGCAAUUGAAAGCUGGUUAAGAUUGUUGUGUGUUUCUUUAGAAAUCGUCCCAGUAGUACAUAUUUUGUAUAGGUUCACUUAAGGUAAUGUUUUUUUGGUUAAUCCUUGACUGCCUCGGGUCAUACUUAGUGUGCCCAUGGCGUUUACUUUUUAUUGCAAAAGUGUCAUUCGUUAGCCCCUGCCUUUUUGAUCAUGUAUAUGAUUACUAGUUGAUGGUAUACUAUCUACAUGAGGCCUUUUGAAAGUGUCGGGGUACCUCUAGACUCUCGCAUAGAACUACUGCUUAUUUUGCCUGUGUGAAUCAUCACACUUUCUACUGCUAUAUUAUCCACGCUUGCCCCAUAAGAAUUAUAAGCAACUUUUAAUUAGAACAAGCUUCCACCAUGUUAAAAUGAU